GAGGAGAUGAUGACUAUGAAUUAGUAAAUGCCACAAUAUCUGAUAAUUGGAGGCACGUGGUGUGGAAGAAUAUAGAGUCUGAGUUAUGGGUUGUUACUAAGUCUCCCUAUUCAUGUAACUGGAUCAAAAAUGUAUUAAAGUCAAUAAUCUUCAAUAAGUAUAAAGGCAACGAAAAGGAAGAGGAAUUUCCGAUUCAUGGAGAUGAUAAAUUCAGGAGUAAAGUCGCCUCCUGCCAUUGCGUCCUGUUUUGUUUCGAAAAUGACAAAUGGGAUUCGGAGACGUUAGAAGAAGUGAAGGAAUUGUCCUCUCACUAUGCAAUGAAGAAAGUCAUAAUUUUGCUGAGUGAAAAUACCCCAGACAAUGGGCAGAUAAGGGAUCAGUGCGACUUUACAGUACUAAACUUCUCAAAACUCCAAAUCACCUGGUACGAAAACGAUCUGCAGUGUUACAAUAGGAAGAUGGAGGAUAUGAAGGAAUCUAUGAAAGAUAAGGUAAGAAAUGACACUUUUCAAUGCUGCUACAUGGAUAGACAUGAGAAGACCUAUGAAGAAGGGAGGUCCACGAGAGCCGCGGAAACAGCGGGGAGAAAGACCAUCUGUCUUAUAGUUCCCUAGAUGAUAUGUAAAGCAUCAUCACCAGCAUAUCCUUAUAUCAUUAUAAAUAAAUGUGAUUGAAAAACUACAAAAUCUGCGUCCAAAAGCCCCAAAGUUAACAAGUGCAAAAUGUUAUAAAAUUAAUGAUUCUUAUUGAAUUGCAGCAAGUUAGAGAGAACAUCCCUUCUACACUAUGGAUCUGGUCUCGGCUGGUACGGGGCCAGUGGAAAUGUUUGGCAUAGUAACUGAUGUGCACAUUUGUUACAUGUGUUGUAACCUUAUAACAGGUUAAAGGGGUAUUCCGGCUUUAUACAUCUUAUCCCCUAUCCAAAGGAUAGGGGAUAAGAUGUAUGAUCGCAUGGGUCCCGCCACUGGGGACCCCUGCAAUCUUGGUGCAGCCCCCUGCAUUCUGUGCCGAGCGCUGCCUCCGAGACGGGGAUGUGACAUCAUGCCCCUGCCCCCUAGUGAUGUCACACCACGCCCCUCCAUUCUUGUCUAUGAGAGGGGGAAUGAUGACCGUCAUGCCCCCUCCCAUAGACAUGAAUGGAGGGGCCUGGUGUGACAUCACUAGGGGGCUUUGAAUAGAGAAUAAGAUUUAGAAAAAUGUAUAAAGCUGGAAUACCCCUUUAAGUAUUCAAUCUAAACCAAGGAACUGCCAGGUGAAUGCAGCGGUGCUGUGAUAUUUUCGAAAUGCGAUGUUCAAGCUUCACCAUUGAUUAGUCCAUAUUUAUGGCAAAAAAACUGUCUUUAUAAAUGUGUCCGUGUCUAGAGAACCUGUAACCUUGGUUAUGCUGCCUUGCUGAAGGCUACGAUACUUUGAGCCGUCUAUCCCAUAUACCGUAAUAUAUAUAAAUAUAGCAUAGAAGAGGCACCAUUAUCCGCACUCACUGCUAGGCUUCAGCCAGGCGACUCUGCUUCAACUGCUCAUACAGACGUCACCGGUUCCAGACACGAUGCAGGGUGCUCAGAGGUGACUGCCGGCAGUUUUGUGCUUUGUACGCUUCUUCCGCCCUCAAAGCUGAAGCCUAGCAGUGAGUGUGGUAACCGUGUCUCUUCUAUGCUAAACAUAUUUAGUGACUUAGUUCUUUCUGGUUCCCAGCACCGCCGGACCGGCACAUUUAGCACUUCGGUCUCCCACUGUGAUAGAGGUACCGUAGCCCAGUGAUCCUGAUUACUUUGUAGCAAUAGUGGCACCAUACCUUUUGAAGUAUUAUUCUGUAGAAUAUACAAGCACUGCCAGAGAGUAGUCAUGGCUGCUGCUGCCCACUUACCCUAUGACUGACACCAUAGAUAUCUCCCAAUCACUGUCUAUAAGGAAAAAGGUGUCAAUCAUCAGAGGACAGGAGGCGGCAGUGGCAGCAGCCAUGACUCCACUCCGUCAUUGCUGGCGGCAUGCUGCAUGCUUCUGGGUGUAGGUUCUGCUUAGCUACUGAACGUAGAAAACCUGUGGGCCAGGAAAUGAAAAUAAAAUAUGACUAGAGAUAUUACUAGGAAGUAUCAGCCAAACCAGAGUCACCAAUAAAUAGAACAGUUACCUAUCUGUUGACAACUGUAUCAGGGGGUCUUGUGUCCUGUCAGAUGGUCUCUUACCUAACAUAAAUACGAGCUGUGAUGACCUUAUAGGAUCAAGACACUAACUGAGGUUCCGACUAACACUCACGGUCUUUGCUGCUCUUUGUGGUUCUUCUUGUUUUCUCAGGGUCAUACAGUUGGAGUCUUUUCGCGAUCUGCGGACAGUGACUAUGAAUGGCUGAAGAUCCAGCUGGAAUCUUCAUAUUUCCGUAAUGCUGUAGAAAAGUUCCAUCCUUAUUAUAUUUCCAACAGAGGUUUCCACCAGUUCAUGACCAACGUCUCCAAUUGUUCAUUUGGAAUCUUGUACCACACAAAAAACCGAGGGAGGAUCAAUAUCACCGAUGUCACCGAUUCUCUGUAUGAUGAGGAGCUGGACUACAUGUCCGGGAUGCUAAGUAAGAAUGUGAUUGUGGUGGUGGAUGAUCUGCAGAAUGGCAGCGAUGAGGAGAAAUCGCGGAUUCUGAGCGGCCAGCCCAGUAUUAAGAAAAAGGCUUCCGACUUGUUCCUGUUCUCUACAGAGGAGAAGAAGUUUUUAGAGCCCUUGGUGACCAUGAGAAAUGUGAUAAAUAGAG